AUGGGGCCCCCGGGCAAUAGGGAAUCAUUAGGCCCCUGUGUCCUUGCCCACACUCAAAAAAACCCUAUAAAAAGGUACCAGGGGCAUUUCAUGGGGCCCCCUACUGACCCCGGGCCCUCGGGCAGUGCCCAAGUUCUCGAAUGGUCAGUCCGCCCCUGGUGAAAGGUACAGUAUAGGUAGUCACUCCAGGGGCGGACUGACAAAUCAUGGGGCCCCCGGGCAAUAGGGGAUCAUGGGGCCCCUGUGUCCUUGCCCAAACUCAAAAAAGUCUAUGAAAAAGGUACCAGGGGCAUCUCAUGGGGCCCCCUACUGACCUCGGACCCUUGGGCAGUGCCCGAGUUUCCAAAUGGACAGUCCGCCCCUG